UGGUGUCGUAAAGGUCGUAAACCUGCACCAUUAUGACAACUUAGAUAUUUUGUAUUAAUUGACUUUAUCCAGGCCUAGUGUUCAUGUAACUUAUUGAGUGGCAUACAAUCUCAAAUAUGUGGAAUAUUUUAAACACUGGUUUAGUUGGUGGUUUAGUGUAUUUUUUAUACUUAACCUAUAACCAUGUUUGCAAUAAUUGUUACUUAUUUAAAUCUAAAUCUAAUUCGUUUAGGCCCACACAUAAUUUAGUGAAAAAUUUCUAUGGCUGUUGUAGAGCUGUUACAAGGAUCCUUCAGAGGCAACCUCACACACUUAGAGUGCUUGGAUUAGACUGUGAAAUGACAUCUACUUCUGUGAAUGGUGGCCGUCCAAUACCUGCUACUCUACAACUGGCAAAUCCAAAUGGUUACUGUGCUAUUUUCCAACUCAAAGUCAUGCAGAAAGCUAAAAAAGAUACCAUAUUACUUCCCUACCUAACAGAUUCUCCAAAAUCAUGUUCAUUUAAGCUACCAAGUGAGAAUAUUCUUAGAGAAAUAUUGGAGGACAAAAAUAUUCUCAAAGUUGGAGUAGGAGUGAUUGAGGAUGCAACAUAUUUGUUGGAUAGCUACGGUAUAAUCUGCAAAAGUUGUCUAGACUUGAGAUUUUUGGCAGAACUUGCUUUCAUUGAACCUAGAGGUCUAAAUUAUUUGGCUCAAAAGGUUCUUGGCAAGGAGAAAUUAGAUAUUCCAAAAAAAUCCAAGAAGCCUUGGGAAUCGGACGAAUUAAAUGAUGCACUCAUCCGCUAUGCUGCAACUGAUGCUCGAUUGGGAGUGGAAAUAUUUUUGAAACUCAAUGAAAUAGUUAUUGAGCGGAACUAUUCUUGGUUAAGAAGAUUAUUUUGGGAUGAAAAGACAUAUUGGAAAUACACAAUAAAACUUUGGCGAAACAAAAUUGGAAAAAAAUAUUAUUAUGAUUAUAGUAACUGGGGGGAAGAAAGAAUCGAGCGCAGGUGGUUCAAGUACAUCCAAAGAUACGUUCGAUCAUUGAUGAAGAAUGUAUUUGUAUAUGAAAGUGCGUUACCUACUCCCAGUGCGCGUAUUUCACUUAUUGGAAGAGUCUGUUGCGUCUGUGGUAUUCCUGACUACGGAAGAGAUUUCAAGGUGAAAGCUGUUGUACCCAUUGACUAUGGUGUUGAGUUUGAUGAACUUGGUGUGUACUUUGUUCAUCUAUGUAACGACUGUUAUGAAGAUUGCCGCAACAAAGUAGACUUUGAUCUUCGCCAGGAGUUGACUGAGGAAUGCGGAGCUCCUCAACCAGAUUAUGAGGAUCAUCGGUUAAAAACAGCUAAGAUCUUAGCUGCUGAAAUACUUAGGUCAGGAAACCAGCAUAACAAAUCAAAAUGGAAUAUAGCUGCUGAAAUACUUAGGUCAGGAAACCAGCAAAACAAAUCAGAAUGGAAUAAAGCUGCUGAAAUACUUAGGUCAGGAAACCAGCAUAACAAAUCAGAAUGGAAUAUGAUACUGGAACACAAAUUACAUGCAAUGUUCAAAGGUUUACCUAAAGAAGAUAUUCGUGAUGGGAGUACAAUGGAAGCAAUAUUGGCAAUGGACUGUUGGCCAGAAUCAGAUCAUGGAAGGUUUGUCCAUAACUACUUCUGUCUGUAUGGAUCUGGACAUCAUGGACUGGAGGAGCUGAAAUGGCGAUGGUGCAAGAGAUUUUGGCAGAAAAUGAGGCCUCGGCAUCUAUCUCGGGAGUGGAUGUACUUCUACUAUAACCACCCUGACUGGCCAAGGGUAGUUUCAGAAUAUUGACAUCUGCCUCAAUGUGACAGCAAAGGUAGAGUUGGAAAACUAAAAAACUACCAGUUUUCUACGCGACUCUUUGGAAUUAUGGCCUUGUCCGAUUGGUUUUCAGUUUUCAGCAUAGAGAUCUGUAGGAAAAUUUAGGAUCUGUUUGUUUAUAAAUAUUUAGAGUAGGCCUACAAAAGAGAGAAUUAUGCUCCUCAAAAAAUGUUUUAAACUCCCAUCACUCAAAUAGUUUUUUCAAUGUAGUAUGUUGUACAUGUUGAUUUAUUCACUAAGACAGGGAGGCACUUUAGUACAUAUUUUUAGUUGAUUAUGAUUGCAUGGUGAGUGGUAUGACGUACGGUAGAUAAUGUAGUUUUAUAACCGACUAAGGUCAGCAGUUUCUUUUUCCAGGAUCAUUUAUAGAAGCUCAAUAAUCAAAGACAUUGAUUACAGUUUUUAAACUAUCAAAAAUCUACAGAUUUUUUUCAUAUGACAUUUUUAAUUUUUUAUUCCUAAACAAGGCACUCUAUGAUAUUUAGGUACUGUUUUAUUGUCAUACAAGUAUAUUUUUGUGACAGAAAGUAGAGAAACUACUUGAUACAACGCUAGUAAGAACAGAGAUAAGAAUAGAAUCAGCUUCCUUAAUAACUCAGCCAUUAUCCAGCUUACUUAAUUAUGUGUAAAUAAUGUAAACAGAUGGAAUGAUGUAAAUGAUAAUAAAUCCAAAUCCAGUAUGAGUCCUGAGAAGAAUAUCAAGACAAACUCAAAGUGUAAAGACAGGUUUCUAAAGAUUAUUAGUUAUUUUCUUCCACUAAUGACGUACCAGAACUAAUACAAUAAGGAAGAAGAAACGGAUAAGGCAAACAACCCAUCUGAAAAAAAAUUUACAGGAAGUUUAUUGCACACACAAAAUCCACUACACAUGAAAAUUAUAUUUAAAAUUUAGUAAAUUGCCCAAUUUAUUAUAGAAUGAGCGACAACUUUGUGAAAUAAUCCCUGUGCAUGGGGGAAAUAUGAAUUUUGAUUUUUUUGUAAACUUCCUGUACUCUGUCAACCCCUUGUUACUUGAAUUAGAACGAGGUACUUCUACUUCGUAGUGGCUAAGCCUCUUAAAGGGGCUUAAUAUUGAGUAAAAUGUGUUGUUAACAGUUGUUUGUGUAUUGAGUGUGUUAAACGCGUCUCUUACUGAGGUGAGUUAAUUAUUCUCUCCUUCAUCCUUGAUGUGAUCUUCUUGUGAGGGGGUAACUUACCUCUGCAGGGCCUGGCUUAAAAAAAACCGGGUGCACUCGAAAAACACAAGGUAAUAUUGUGUUGACAUUCAUGUGUGAAAUGUGUGAGGAGAGAUUUGGGGGUCUCCAGGCUGAUCUUUGCCACUACUUAAAAUUUAACUAAAAUAUUUUUUAUUUUUGGACUGACUUGUGUACCUGCGCCGCGACGGUUGGGGUUGUGAAGCUCGGGCGCUCAUGGCUGCCCUUUUGAGAGUAGGGUCUCUUAAUCCCUCAGGUGCCAGAGUAUACCAACUAUAAGCAAAAUAAUUUUUUCCAAAUAAUGAACCAGUAAAACCUGAUGUAUAUAUUUUUUUCUUAGCAUAAAAGUAGGUAGGAUAUGAAAAAUAAAGUUCCUGCAAGUGCCUUAAGCCCCAACUGGUGCUGGAAAAUGUCUGAAAUAAAAAAAUGCUCAAGUAGAAAAAGAAAAACAACACUUAUUAGUCUUAAGUCUUAUGUGAUGUACAAGUUUGUAAGAUUUUGUGAGGUAAGCUUUUAAUAAAACACACUAAAUGAGGAAUAUAAAUAUUUUCUGAAUCCCCAAUUAUGCUAUUACCGAAGGUCUCAUGGUAAGACCUAGAUUUACAUUAAGACCAAUUUACUUUUUGUUUUGAUGUCUCCAGAGGCCAAAAAUACCAUCCGUUCCAAUUUUUGCCUCAAAAUAACAAAUUUUAUUGUUUUUUCCAAACUAUUUCGUUGAUAAAUAAAAAACAAUUCAAUACUAUGAAGCGUUGUUGUACAUCUCAAGUUUGCAGAAAAUAAAAUUCCAAAAAUCUAUAAAUUUAAAAUUCUUUUAUUGAUCUUAUGGAGAAAAAGUAAACUGUAGUAGUUUACUUGCUUAAGGAUAAUGUUGAUCGAAUUUGGUAACUUUAUUUUAUUUUAUACGAAGCUAUUAAUAUUUUGCUGAAAAUACACACUGUGUAACUUACCUUGUAGCAGCGAAUCUAAGUAGCCUACUAAUUUUAAACCUAAUGUUAUUUCCACAGGGAAUAAAUCUGACGUAAGGAAAUUUUUAGUGAUAAUCUGACCAAGCAAAUAGAAAUUCACUUAGUCUAGGUUUGCUGCAUCAGUGGAGCUAUUUUUGCUUGGUAGGUUAGUUUAUUAGGGUAGUGUAGCAAAAUAAAAUAGUAAUAUAUAUUUUACGUCACUCGUCCAAAAUGUACAUAAGAGAAAUGUACAUACUGGUCAGGUAAACACAAUGAUGGAGGUUGACACAUUUAGAUUGGUAUCAAUGUAAUCUUAAACUAUUAUUAUGGUAUCACGGGAAAUAUAAAAUAUCAUAACAUUUCUUUAACUAACUAGCUGUUUUUUCAAAGAAGCAACUUACUUUUUAGCAAAAUUUUUUGUAGUAUGCUAAAAUAUAAGUUGUUUAUUUUCAUAGGUUUUGUUUAUGCAAUUUUAUAAAUCUAAGAAAAAAUAUAAAUAUAAGAAAUUUUCUUUGCCACACUACUGUGAAAUUAUGUACCUGUUUUCGUUACAUGUUUAUCAACUGCAAAAAUUUAUCAUUACAUUGUUUGCUACCGAAAAAGAAUGUUUACUAUUAGUCCAGUAAUUUUAGGGAAAAAUACCCCCUACUUGGAAAUAAUUCCCUAAGUGAUGAAACUUUGAACAUGUGUAGUAACCCAGUAACAACAAAUCAAAAAUCAACAUUUGUGCAUGCUGUGCUACUUUACUUUUUUGCCCAUAUUUCACUAACCGUUGGAAAUACAAAAAUCUAAAGGAACACACACAAAUACAUCUUUUACUCACUUACAUAUUUGCCCAAUCUCUAACAGCUAUUUAGAAAAAUUGAAUUUAACAUUUUUUAAAACAUUAAUUAAUUUUGUUUGGUUUUUGUCAGUUUAAUUAUUUUCAAACAAAUAUUACAUUGUAGCGGCCCUGCUACAAGAAAAAUCCCUUAACAGCAAGGUUUUUAUAUGAAACGUAUACAUUAAAAAUUUACAUAGCUAUUGUAUUAUACCCCGCCGCAGUAAACCUGCAGCCUAAGCAAAUUUCUAUUCGCCUGAUUUGAUUUUCAAUUAAAUCUAUUUAAAUUACAUUAGGUUUAACAAGUACCUAGGUUUGCUGCUACAGGGAGGGUAAUAAAGUGUGUUUCUAGUAGAAUAAUAAUAGCUUGAAAAUAAAACAAUUUAUGAAGUUUGAUUAAAAUAUAUAUCCAUAAACAAGCAAACCGCAACAGUUUACAAUAUUCUCUAUAAGAACAAUGUAGGAAUUAUAAAUUUAUAUUUUUUUUUAUUUUUCUCCAUAACCAAUAAGGGUACAAAAACUUAAACAUACUAAAUCAUUUGUUUUUUCAAGGUCUUCAAAAUGGUUUAGACAUAUAUUGGGAAAUUUCGUGUUUUGAGGAUAAAAAAUUAGAACACCCAAUUUUUACACAAUACUUAUAAGCCCCCAUAAAAACCCGUUAGCAUUGUCCAAUCAUGCUGGUUCACGAACUCAUUCAAGGUUAACCCACCAUACACCUUCAAGCCAAACUUCAUCAAAAUCAGACAAACAUAACUCAAGUUAUCUCUCUCUAUAUAAUAUAGCCUAUCAAACAAAAUUAAUGUUUUUAUACAGUAUAUUUAUUUUAAUUUUUCUCAAUAACUGUUUGAGAUAGGGCAAAUAUGUAAAUGAGUAAAGGAUGUAUUUUUGUGUGUUCUUUAACAUUUGUUCAAAUGAGAUUUCUGUAUUUCCAACAAUUAGUCAAAUAUGGGCAAAAAAGUGACAAUCGGCCGCUAUUUUUCAAGAUGGAUAUGUUGUCACUGGGUACUAGUACUACACAUGUGCAAAGUUUCACCUCUUAGGGAAUUAUUUCCACCUAAAACCCUAAUAUGACUGGAUGGACUAUAUGUGAAAGUAAUGUUUACUAUCUUCUUUUUGAUUUUGCCAAUGUAAACAAACAAAGAUUUGUUAUUGUUUUGUCAACUGUAAAACCAAUGUAAAUAUUAACAAUAAAAUUGAAGGCAUAACCUAAAAAUGCCAUGAGUUUCGUAAUGUUACUAACUGUAAUAAAGAAAUAUCCAAUGUCUGUUUAAAUUAAGAAAAAAAUAUCUUUGUAGUGUGUAGCGAAAAGUUACUUUCAAAACACAAUGAGACUGGGUCUAUACAUAUUCUUGAACAUAUUUAAAGUGCUUGAUAAAUCUCGCACUUCAAUCAAACAUAUAGUCUCAAAUAUGUAAUGACUCACUUUCUACUUUUGUUAUGAAAUAUACUGUUAUGUUUUAUGUUGCAAAUAAAUUGUUCUGUUUUAACUUAUUUUUACGAAACAAAGUGUAAUUGUGAACCACUACUAAAUCAAAUCAAAUCAUCAAAUCAUGUUUAUUACUAAUAUACUAAUAUUUUAUAACUUUUUAUUUAAUAUGAUUCCGUUCAUAAAAUGUAAGUAUCUCCUUCACUUGAACCUACCUUUAAAAAGUAGUGGGUGAACUUCUCUCCCCUCAAACUGCCUAAAUUUUGUGAAAGGAGUAUAGUUCAAAGGAUUGAACAUCGUGUCAUUAUUUUCCAUAACACAUCAUACUCAAUUGGAAUUUAUUCUAAAACUGUUAAACAGUUGCUUUUAAACUAAGGAUGUUUGUAGCUGACUAACCAAACUUAAUUCUUUUCUUUUCACAAAAUAACAUAUAUUCACACUAAUAAUAAUAAGUCUUAUCUCUUGAUUAAUUUAAUGAUAAGUUGUUUGGGGUAUUAGACAAUAA